AUGUCUAUUUAUGCAUACAGCCGUAAUAUUAUACAAGAAAUAUUACAGAAACAGGAAAGCCUGCAGAUGAAGGAUAUAAGCAUAAAUAUAUCUGAAGAUAUAAAUAAUAGUGAAGUAAUGGAUAUUUCAGUCUGCUCCCUGGAGACUCUUUUAUUUAACUCGCUUAAGAAUAUUCUUGAUAGAAUUACUGAUGAGACAAAUAGAAUAUUUAUAUCAUACAGUGGAGGAAUUGACUCUUUAUUGUGUGCUAUGCUUUGCUUAAAGUACUUUACGCACAAAGUGUUCCUUAUAAAUACGGCAUUCUCAUGUGGUGAUACGUGGGCAUCUCGUGACAGAGAGACAGCAAAGGAAGGUUAUACAUAUAUAUUGGGUAGGGUACAGGAUACGAGCAGAUGCAUGUUAGUAGAAAAUAAUGUAACACGAGAGGAAACAAUAGCAAGAAAGGAGGAUAUACUAAGUAUAUCAGACGGGACUACAAUGGACUUCAACCUGGCAGCACUCCAUUUCUUUACAGCAAGAAAGACGAAAGAGUUAGGGGGCACUUACAUCAUAACAGGGUCUGGUGCAGAUGAAUUAUUCAUGGGGUACUCCAGGCACAGAAAAAUUGCAGAAGAAAAAAGUGCAGUGCGUGUAAAUAAGUCAGAGGACAGGGCAGAUAUCUCUAUGAUGUGCAAAGAUAUAAUCAACAAGAGAAAGGAUCAUGAUGAAACUACUUUUCUUCUAGUGAGACAAAUUAUAACAGAUAUAUCUGGAUUCUGGGAGAGUAAUCUGCAAAGAGACUGCAGGGCAGGCAUGCUAUGCGGAGUACUUCAAAUGUCUCCAUUUCUUAAUGUGGCUGUGCUGGCGUAUGCAUUGGAGACAUGCUGUGCAGAGAGAGUUGAAAAAAAGGAGCUAGUGGAAAUACUGCACAGAGAGUAUCCGGAUAUGCAUAUAAAGAAGAAACUAGCAGGCCAGUUUGGCUCUGGGAUAUCAAACGUAGUAAGAAGUAUCAGGUGCCGGGCACACACUCUCUGCCGCAACAACGAGUGUCUUUCCCUUGAGUGCACAAAAUACACACGUGAUGAAAAGUGA